AUGUCACAUACGGAAGGAAGCGAAGGCUCGACUCAGCCCCAUCUCUUGGCUCGACCUGGCAGCGCCAACCCACCAUUCCUUCGCGACGCCUCAUCACACCCGUCCUCUCGCACAGUCAACUCUUCAUCCCGCCUCUCCCAAUACACGGACGCUGCAACCCGACGCUCCUCCUUUCAAAGCGCCCAGGCUAGCGUCUACCAGGACACGGAUACAUCCCUCGCCUUCGAAAGCGCCAAUGAGAGCGCGGGCGAGUUGGACUUGGAUAGCGACCUCGAGGUGCGUCGUGCGCCGUCUCGCAGUAGCACGGUCCGAUCUCGCACCGCUUCGCCAUUUCACCCGUCGAUUCGGGAUAGCGGAAAUGGCGAUGAGAUGGAGACGACUGCCGACGCUCCCGGUGCGUCAUCGGGGGACACCGUCGGUAGUGGUCUCACCCGUCGCAUAUCAAGACAAUCGGUCGAGCGUCCGAUGUCUUCGCUCUCCCGACGCAGCAGUGCCAGCGGCAACGAGGAUGUGCAGCAUCGUCUCCGUGACGCUGCCACCGCCGCUGCCAGCCGAAGCUCCAUGUCGGCUCGUCGUCAUUCCACCGACGAGCUGACGAGUGGACUCCAUCGGGCAUCUACCCCGCAUGUCGACGACGAUGCUGCGGCGAGGUCUCGACCGGGCAGCUCGCUUGCUCUACGCCAGGACGGAGGAUCUUUCAUCAAACGGGACGGUGCCAGGGAUCGCAGUUCGAUCUUGCCCCCUGCUGGAUUCUUCGCACCCAAGAAGCCAUCGGCACGCAACUCGACUAGCGAUCUACUGUCGACUUCUCGUCCUGGUGGUCGUAGUACCACGCCUCUUUCGUUUUACGCAAAUGGUCAGUCUGGGGCUGUCGACGGCGCUGACGCUCACGGUGCGAACGGUGAAGUGCUCAGGUACCGCAGCACCUCUCCGACGGGACACGAGGCUCAGGCGCGCGCACCAAGCCCCUGGGGUCUGCCAGCUGCGGAACGUCCACGCUCCCCUCCGGUCCAAGAGGAAGUACUCUAUUCUGACAACGGAAAUUCUCGCAGAUUCAGCCAGGCUGCUGACGGUACGGCCCCGCUCCAUCCUCUCGAUGCCAACGACGGCUUCCCGACACCCUCAUUGCACACUACGCCUCAAAUUGGGUUGCGGAUGAUGGCGAGCACCGACCCGCUCCUGCCCUCACGCACGCUUUCGAACGUCGCGACCACCACCGCUGAUGCCAGUCACGCCGGGCUCGGGCUCGACGCUGAACCCCCGACGCCCAAAUCCAAGCAGCGCAUCGAAGAACACCGUGCUUCCCAACCCAGCAAAACUUCUCUGUCAACAUCCAAAAUCGAUCAUCCAACCCCAACUGCGACGAGGAAAUCCGCCAAGCCGCCGCGCAAUUACACCACCCACAAAGGCGACAACCACUUCCUCCUCUCCGGCCUGCUCAUGACCUCCGGCGACAACCCUCUCCCCUUCAUCCUCUCCUUCGCCCUCCUCCUUGCGCUCGGCGGUCUGUUCCUUGGCUUCGAAUCUCGCUGGCUGUCGACCAACAUCUCCGCCGCCCUACCCGCGGUCUUCGGCUACAUCUAUCUCCAAUCCAUCGUCCAGAUGCUCGUCACUGCCUUCCGAGACCCCGGAGUCAUCCCUCGGAAUCUCGACCCCGAUCCGCCGUGCACUCUGAACUCAACACCCUUCACCCCUGGACGACACGCCCUUGCAGAUCCGGAAGACCCUUUGGCCGUACCGGUUCAACGAACACUGCGCAUCCGCGGGCGGGAGGUCACAUCCAAAUGGUGCGAGACGUGCGGCACCUAUCGUCCACCCCGUUCCUCCCAUUGUCGGGUGUGCGACAACUGUGUCGAGAACAUCGAUCAUCAUUGUACGUACCUCAACACGUGUGUUGGUCGACGCAACUAUGUGUCUUUUAUGGCCUUCCUCGCCUUCUCCAUUUUGGCGGCGCUGUGGGUGGUGGGAUGUACGGCGGCACGGUUGACCAUUACGAGUCGCGCCGAGGGGGGAUUUCGGGAGGCACUGCGAAAAAGUCCGGUUUCAGGGGUCCUCUUCCUGCUCUGCAUAGGUGUAACAGGCCCACUUGGCGUGUUGUUUAUCUACCAUAUCAGGUUGAUCCUGCGCAACAGGAGUACGGUGGAGCAGAUCCGUAUAAAUACAGCACGCGAGUAUGGGCAGCAUAAGGACGUAGAGUUGGGCGAGCACGGGGAUGAUCUUUCGGUGUUUGGCGAGGAUUCUAGGAAAGGUGCGGGAGUGGUGAGGGCGCUGUUUGAACGGUUUGGAGUGUUGAAGCCAAAAGGAAAAGAUCCGAACCCGUUUGCGAGCAGGAGGGUUAGGACGAACGUGAGGAACGCACUGGGGUGGAGGAGUGUGCAGUUGGAUAGCUGGCUCGAUCGGAGAGGACGGAGAGGGGUGGAGGUCAGGGAGAGACAUCCCAGGUCGAGCAAAGCGGGUGGCGGAGGGAGGGAUCGGAAGGAGUAG